AUGAUGUCACCUCCAAGGCGUCCGGCGCAAGCGAUGAGUGACGAGUUCUGGCGAGAGAUUGGGACUCCACUUGAGAGUAUCUAUGCUCUUCGCGAGACAGCUUCAAAUCUGAUCACGACUAGUUUUUACAACAAGCUAAGAAUGAGUGCUUACAGCUUUUGCCGUACUUCUCCUCCAUACAGUGCUACUACCACAAGACCUAUUAGCACUUCUUUAUUUGGACAUGGCAGGAACAGCGACCACCCAGUUCCGGAUCUCUACUUGAAUUUGGACAAUUUUCUGACCAACUUCACGAGGCACAUUUUUGAGGUACAGCUCUUAUUCUACGUACAACCAUUUUUAAUUUGGUGUUUUUCCGUUAUGGAGCCGCACUUUAAAAAUGUUUAA